CCUUGGCCUCGUCCCCGCCGACGAAACUAACCCAGAUCCACAUAACAUCCUUGCCAUCCUCAGCUCCCUCAGUAUGCUACCGGCGCACAUGCGAGUAGCCAUCAACAUACCAGAAAAUCGUACGCUGUGGACACUUAUCAACGGUGGAGUCGGUUUCGGUGUGGGGGCGGGGCCCAAGUUCUCGUGCCCGACCUGUCGUAUGGAUGUGAAAACGAGACCGGUGGAAUGCUUUAGGAUCAAGGACGUGACGAAAGCACUGGGCGAUGUGGUUGGCGACAGUGACCCGGAGGAAGAGAAGGUAAAAGAGAAAGGCAAGAGAGGAGCUAAAGGAAAGGCUAAGGCGAAGGUGACGGGCGACGCCGUGUGGGAUGCAUUUUUCGGGAGGCGGCAAUGA